AUGAUACCUCGCCUCAAACCUAGACAGGUCCCAAUACAGAAUUGGAUCCUCCAAGUGCUGGUUUUGACGACUGGGUCCCUCAUGAAUAACUGGGCUUUUGCUUAUAAGGUGCCGUUGCCCGUCUUGAUCGUCUUCCGCUCUGCUGGCCUACCGGUAUCCCUUCUCUUUGGAUUCUUGUUCUUGAAGAAGCGGUAUCGCUUGAUGCAAGUGGUUUCUGUGGCGGUGGUCACUGUUGGCGCUUUCCUCUCAGCACUGUCUGGUUCAGCUACUUCAACAUCGAGUUUCAGUCUUUCCGGUAACGUCGAAGACAUGGAACUAUACGCUAAAGGGAUAACUAUGCUGGUUGCCUCUCUCGUUUGCACGGCUACUCUCGGGGUCCUUCAGGAGCUUACAUAUAAGAAGUAUGGCCCCGCAUGGAAGGAAGGGCUGUUCUAUACACAUUUCCUCGCUUUGCCUGCGUUUUUGCCUUUGAUUCCGGACGUUAGGCAAGGUCUGAAUAGCCUGUAUGAAGCCAGGAACAUAAAGACCAACUCGAUACCCCAUCUCCCCUAUGUGAUCCUGCUGGCAAACCUGAUCUCACAAUACGCAUGUGUUUCCGGUGUGAACCAGCUAUCAUCGCGGGUGUCUUCUGUAUCGACCAACAUUGCAUUAACAGUUCGCAAAGCACUCAGCUUAUGUUUGAGUGUGUGGUGGUUCGGCAAUCCCUGGAACACACAACUCGGGACAGGUGCGGGUAUGGUCUUCCUUGGGAGUUUCCUGUACACGAUGGUCAGCUGAGCUGCCUCAAUACACCUGACCAUGCACCAUGAGAUCAUCAAGAGACUUUUGUUUA